GAAACUUUCCAUCUGCUACUUUCUGUGACCAAAUUAGGCAAAGGAAAAAUGAUAUCAUCUUUGAAGAUAUUGCUUUUGAAAAAAUUAGGAUAUGCUUAAUGCACUUUUGCGUUGCUAAAUGGUAUCGGCGGCAAAGGUAUGGGGCUGUCUGGUACUUUGAAACAUUAAUUUUAAUCGCCUUUCUGCCGCUAUCGGAAAACUCGCAAUUGUAUUUUUGCUGUAAGUAUUUAAGAACUUCAAACAGCUUAGAAAUGCUGUAUUAGUAAGUGGCGUUAUCGUGUUCCUGAACAUAAUCGUUACAAAUCAAUUGUAGUUUUGAAUCAGUGUCUCAAUGGAGUUGACAUUAGAUACUCAAACGUUAAAAAAAGAUCAUAUAAAAUAUGCAUUUAAAUAUACAUUAAAAAAAACUCUCAACCGUCAAUCUCAUAGAAAGAAAAUUUGAACUGUUUGGCACUAGUCAACCCAGGAAUUCCGCUGCCUUUAAUAGUCGAUAAGUCACAAUAACACCUUGCUAUGAAGAAGUUUGUAGAAUAGGCAUCCAUCUUAGUCGGGUCAGAAGUGGUGAGCGCCGGCUCUGGUUGGACAGAAAAGCACCAAUCGGCACAUAGAAGGACCUUAAUUUGCUUUUUGUGUUCUUAUACGAUAUUCACUUUAGGCUGGCGCAUUCGUCGAGCAUGCUUGUCUUCGAUCUCUGUUUCACAGCCCAAAAGCGUAGAAGAUCAACUGUAAUCUUCUCAAAGACAUCGUUAAGUACUUUAGUGAAGGGAUUGAUCGAAGGAAGGUGACAGUAGCGUGCGCUUUUGUGGAAAGGUAAAGUGCGGUCGAUAGAGAAGAGCGCAAAAGUUUGAGCUGUUAUCAUCAAGUGAUUCCAAGAUGUCGCAGAGCGGUGGAGUAAAGGGACAAAACUUUUCACUUUCUGCAAAUAUGUCGAUUGAAAAUGAUGAAACAGGACUCCUUUACGAAGUUCUUCCCUUCGCUAUCAUUAUCAUCAUAGUAAAUGGCGCUGUUUUCUUCCUGUUUGUGAAAAGCAAGCGGCUUCGGAGUCCUAGUAACUGCCUUCUCCUGAGUUUAGCUGUUUGCGAUUUCACGAAUGGCUUCGUAUGCAUCCCUCUGUUCUUAGUAGUUGCACUAGGAGUAACACAAAAUCCGCACAUUGGGAGCUUUAACUACCUAUUAAACAACUGCGUGGCCAUUUCAGCUGCCUAUCAUAUUCUUGCAAUCACGUUAGAGAGAUAUUACAGUAUUAAGAGGCCUUUUGUUCAUCGUCAACUGACAAAAAGGUCGAUUCUUAAAGUCGCUUUACUGGUAUGGGUUGUGGCACUCCUGAUUGGAUUUAUGCCGUAUGCUUGGGACUCACUGCGCCUUACGCACUCAGUCUCUUUCAAGAAGAUAAAGGUUGGCUAUGUAGCCUUCUGUUUGACUUUCGUCUUUCUGAUUCCAUGUAUCCUGAUUGUUACUUUCCAAACUAUCAUGUUAAAAUCUAUAGCAAAAAGUGGCAGACAGGGGCUGACUGCUACCAAGGCUGCUCAGCGGAAAGCAAAGAACGACAAGAAAUGCCUCAUCAUCUUCGGUCUAAUGGCGAUUAUAUACGUAGUUUGUUGGUUGCCAUGGUUCAUUCUCUAUCUGUAUCUUUCUUUCUGGUUUGUCAGUGCGGAAACUACACUGGAAAAGAUAUCUCGCUGGGUCGUUAUUUUUAGGUAUACGACCUCAGUCGUCAAUCCUUUGCUGUACACAUUUUUUAAGAGAGACUUCCUUAUGGCUUUCAAACUGAUAAUCCUGAAACGGAGACCUACCUCGUCAGCGAGCUUUACAUGCAUAAGCAAUAAAGCUGAUCCGCAGCAAAGGAAGUUAAUAGCUACGUCGAAUGGCAAGAAACAUAGCGAGAAGAUUGAGUUGGAAACUGUUGUGUGAAUAGAUGAAAAACUGAAAAUACGACAGCAGCUGGAUAUGGAAUAGAUAUUAAAAAAAUGUAUAAAUGUUGUGCCGCAUAGCACUAUGAACACAAAUGGUGGAACAGAGAAUUAACUCUGAAGCGUAAAUUAAAGUGCUAAGUGAAACCCACGAAAAACCCACUGGGCGUUAGCCCUAGUAAAGGGUAUUAGGGAACCUAAUACCCUUUAGAAGGGCUAACUAUACCAAAAAACGGUUGGAUAUAUUAUUGACUCUCAGACUCUUGUCUCGGAGGUAAAUAGUACCAAUCAGCACAUGCGAAAAUCCCUGUCUACCUGUAUGAUAUAUAAAAUUAAUGACAUUGCUGAGCGUGGAUACGAAAUUUACCCACAGUGUUGAUAACAUCUCUCACGAGUGAGCGAAGCGAAUAAGUGAGAGAUAAGAUAGUUUCAUUCUUUAUAUAGAUAUUGAUCUAUCAGACAGAUUAUUUGAUGUAGAAGUAUAUCUAGAGGCAAUUAGACAUCUAUCAUAUAUCAUCUAUCAUCUAUCAUAUAGAUAUUUGACAACUUUGGAACACAUUUUAAGAGCAUCGUAUGUUGAAUACAGCGAUGACCUUCACUUUUACUCUACUCGCACAAAAUUUACUUUAAUUUUCGACCUAAAACUAAAACAAUUAGGCAUCACCAGAUGUUUUUCCUCCAACAAAAAGGUAUAUUCGGCUUUAUCAACGUCUAUGACUGUAUUAAAACCCCUUGUAUUUAGUAAAACCGCCCAAGUUGAUAAAUUGGGUUACCAUAACAACAUUGAUAACUUCACGUGUGAAGAUAUAGAUCAGAGCGCAGAGAGGUUGAGCGAUGCGGAAUCGAGCAGUCCGCUCAUCGAGCAAUGUGUGAUGGGGGGUAGGACUGACACGAGCACUCUCUCUGCGCUUCCGGUAAGUUAAAAAUCAGCAGCAGAAUUUCCCUCUCGACGAACCGGAAAUCUCUUUUUCUUUCUGCAAAGAUUUUCCAAUAAUGCGUCAUGAUUAAGCAAGUCUCUGACGUGCUUGUCACGCUGCUCAGUGCGUUGAUGCCUGCAUCAAAAUUUAUCAAUAUUUCCUUGCACAAGUGGCUAAGAGUUUACUUUACGUAUGAUGCACGAUCCUCGCAGUAGAUAGCGCUAUUUAU